GACAAAUUGACCCGGCGCUCGCGUCCGACUUGCAUAUCCCCACUUCGGAAUUGGUCAUACAGAAGGAGGUGUCACAUCUGCCAUGGCGGACGAGCUCCAUCGGCCGGAUGCAUUGCACAAUGUACCGACCGUCACGCAGGGGCGCUCCGACCCCCAGGACAGCUCCCAUGUCCUCGCGUCCGAUCAAACCGUGACCUCCCAGUCCACCAGCGUGACCGACCUGUCGUCUGAUGGUCGUUGGGGAGAACAGGAAGCCGAACCCGUCUCCCGCCGUGGCGCCAUGGAGGAUUUUGAGGAUAUGCGGAGGGAACUGACCCGGCUCAGUCUCCACCAAACCCGCUCCGCUAAAGACGUGCAGCGAUUGCGCUCGCGAGCCAGCCAGGCCCGCGGCGAAGAGAAGACGCUGGACGACGAUGGGCUGUCUGGGACCACCGAGAGCGCGUACGGUGGAUUCGACCUGAGCGAGUUCUUGCUGGGUGGCCAUCUCGAACGACGGACGACGGCGGGCGAACCCGCCAAGAAGGUGGGUGUCGUGUUCAAGAAUGUCACCGUCAAAGGUGUCCAGACGGGCGCCUCCUUUGUCCGUACCCUCCCGGAUGCCGUCAUCGGGACCUUUGGGCCCGAUCUCUACAGUCUGGUCUGCAAGUUUGUCCCCCAGCUCCACUUUGGCCGCAAGCCGCCCGUCCGAGACCUGCUUCAUGACUUCACAGGCGCGGUCCGGGAAGGUGAGAUGAUGCUGGUGCUCGGAAGACCUGGUGCCGGCUGCUCGACCUUCCUGAAGACCAUUGCGAAUGAUCGGACUGCCUUCGCCGGUGUGGAGGGUGAAAUCAGCUACGGCGGCUUGUCCGCGGAGGAGCAACACAAACACUUCCGUGGAGAGGUCAACUACAACCAGGAAGACGACCAGCACUUCCCGAACCUCACCGUGUGGCAGACGCUCAAGUUCUCGCUCAUCAACAAGACCAAGAAGCACGACGCGGCCAGUAUCCCGAUCAUCAUUGAUGCCCUGUUGAAAAUGUUCGGUAUCUCCCACACCAAGAACACCGUGGUGGGUAACGAGUAUGUCCGGGGUGUGUCCGGUGGUGAGCGAAAGCGGGUGAGUAUCGCGGAGACGUUGGCCACCAAGUCCUCGGUCGUCUGCUGGGACAACUCCACCCGCGGUCUGGACGCCAGCACUGCCCUCGACUACGCCAAGUCCCUUCGCAUCAUGACCGAUGUCAGCAAGCGGACCACUCUCGUCACUCUGUACCAAGCCGGUGAGAGUAUCUAUGAACUCAUGGACAAGGUUCUGGUGAUCGACGAAGGACGCAUGCUGUACCAGGGACCGGCGGGCGAAGCUCGACAAUACUUCCAGGACCUCGGGUUCUACUGCCCCGAACAGUCGACCACGGCGGAUUUCCUGACGUCCUUGUGUGACCCGAACGCUCGUCAAUUCCAGCCAGGCCGCGAGGCGUCGACCCCGAAGACCCCGGCGGAGCUCGAGUCGGUCUUCCGCCAGAGCAGCGCUUACCAGCGGAUUCUCCACGAUGUCUCCGGUUAUGAGAAGCAGCUCCAGGAUACCAACCAGGAGAGCACCCGUCGGUUCGAAAAGUCCGUCGCCCAGUCCAAGAGCAAAACUGUCUCCAAGAAGUCCCCCUACACGGUCUCCCUGGUUCGCCAAGUGGCGGCCUGUGUGCGUCGCGAGUUUUGGCUGCUCUGGGGCGACAAGACCUCCCUCUACACCAAGUAUUUCAUCAUCCUGUCCAACGCUCUGAUCGUCUCGUCCUUGUUCUACGGUGAAUCGUUGAACACCAGCGGCGCCUUUUCGCGUGGCGGUGCGCUGUUCUUCUCGAUUCUGUUCCUGGGUUGGUUGCAAUUGACGGAACUGAUGCCGGCCGUCAGUGGGCGUGGCAUCGUCGCCCGUCACAAGGACUAUGCCUUCUACCGGCCGUCGGCGGUUUCCAUUGCGCGUGUGGUGGUGGACUUCCCGGCCAUCUUCUGCAUGGUCGUCCCCUUCACCAUCAUCGUCUAUUUCAUGGCCGGGCUCGACGUGGAGGCGUCCAAGUACUGGAUCUACUUCCUCUUUGUGUAUACGACCACGUUCUGCGUCACGUCCUUGUAUCGCAUGUUCGCGGCGCUCUCUCCCUCGAUCGACGACGCUGUUCGAUUCAGUGGUAUCGCGCUUAACGUGUUGAUCCUGUUCGUGGGCUACGUCAUCCCCAAACAGUCCCUCAUCGACGGUUCGAUCUGGUUCGGUUGGCUCUUCUACGUGAACCCCCUGUCGUACAGUUAUGAAUCCGUCCUGAGCAACGAAUUUGCCGGUCGUAUGAUGGAGUGUGCGUCUUCGAUGCUGGUGCCUCAGGGGCCUGGCUUUGAGUCGAGAUAUCAGGGAUGUGCUCUCACGGGCUCGGAGCUCGGGCAGACCGUCGUGUCGGGGACCAGCUAUAUCGAGACCUCCUACCAGUUCACCCGCCAUCACCUCUGGCGCAACUUUGGUGUGGUCAUUGCUUUCACCGUGCUCUACAUCCUGGUGACCGUUUGGGCUUCGGAGUUUCUCUCUUUCGUCGGCGGUGGCGGCGGCGCGUUGGUGUUCAAGCGCUCCAAGCGGGCCAAGCAGCUCACGGCGCAGGCCGGCCAGGGAAGUGACGAGGAGAAUGGCCCGAGCACCGGCGUGCAGGCACAGUCCAACAGCAACAGUGACACGUUCAACCGCAUCUCCUCCAGUGAUCGCGUCUUUACCUGGUCGAAUGUGGAGUACACGGUGCCCUACGGCAACGGAACCAGGAAGCUUCUGAACGGCGUCAACGGCUAUGCGAAACCCGGACUGAUGAUUGCCUUGAUGGGUGCCUCCGGAGCGGGCAAGACGACCCUGCUGAACACCCUCGCCCAGCGCCAGAAGAUGGGGGUGGUGACGGGUGAUAUGCUGGUCGAUGGUCAUCCGCUUAGCACCGACUUCCAACGCGGCACUGGUUUCUGCGAGCAGAUGGAUCUUCACGACAACACUGCGACGAUUCGCGAGGCCCUUGAAUUCUCCGCGCUCCUUCGUCAGGACAGGAACACCCCCCGGCAAGAGAAGCUCGACUACGUCAACCAGAUCAUCGACCUCCUGGAGCUCGAGGAGAUCCAGGAUGCCAUCAUCGGCUCCCUCAACGUCGAGCAGAAGAAGCGCGUCACCAUCGGUGUCGAGCUGGCUGCCAAGCCCAGUCUGCUGCUCUUCCUCGACGAGCCUACCAGCGGUCUGGACAGCCAAGCCGCCUUCUCCAUCGUCCGAUUCCUGAAGAAGCUUUCCCAGGCCGGGCAGGCUAUUGUGUGCACAAUCCAUCAGCCUUCGUCAAUGCUGAUUCAGCAGUUCGACAUGAUCCUGGCUCUGAACCCCGGUGGUAACACAUUCUAUUUCGGUCCGGUCGGUCCCGAAGGUCGCGAUGUCAUCAAAUAUUUCGCGGACCGUGGAGUGGUCUGCCCGCCGUCGAAGAACGUGGCCGAGUUUAUUCUCGAGACCGCGGCUAAGGCGACGAAGAAAGACGGCAAGAGCUUCGACUGGAACGAAGAAUGGCGGAACUCGGAUCAGAACCGGAAAGUCUUGGAGGAGAUCCAGACGAUCCGGGAGGAACGCAGCAAGAUCCCGAUCAAUGAACAGGCUGUGCAAUAUGAAUUUGCCGCCCCGGCUACGACCCAGACGUAUCUCCUCAUGGUGCGGCUGUUCCGGCAGUACUGGAGAGAUCCCUCGUACUACUAUGGCAAGCUGUUCGUCAGUGUCAUCAUCGGAAUCUUCAACGGGUUUACCUUCUGGAUGCUCGGUAACUCGAUUUCCAGCAUGCAAGACCGCAUGUUCUCCAUCUUCUUGAUUAUUCUGCUCCCGCCCAUCGUCCUGAACAGUCUGGUGCCCAAGUUCUACAUUAACCGGGCCCUGUGGGAAGCCCGCGAGUACCCCAGUCGUAUCUACGGAUGGGUCGCCUUCUGCACGGCCAACAUCGUCUGUGAGAUCCCGAUGGCGAUCAUCUCCGGCCUGAUCUACUGGCUGCUGUGGUACUACCCGGCUGGCUUCCCCACAGACUCGAGCAAUGCGGGAUACGUCUUCCUCAUGUCCAUUCUCUUCUUCCUCUUCCAGGCCAGCUGGGGACAAUGGAUCUGCGCCUUUGCCCCGUCAUUCACCGUCAUCUCCAACACCCUUCCGUUCUUCUUCGUCAUGACCGGCUUGUUCAACGGUGUCGUCCGUCCCUACUCGGCGUACCCCGUGUUCUGGAAGUACUGGAUGUACUAUGUCAACCCGGUCACCUGGUGGCUCCGCGGCGUUAUUUCCAGCGUAUUCCCCACCGUCGACAUCGAGUGCGCUUCCACAGAAACCACCCACUUCAACCCGCCUUCCGGUCAAACCUGCAGCCAAUACGCCGGCGACUGGGUCUCGAGUGUCGGCGUGGGCUAUCUCUCCAACCCCAACGCCACCUCAGAUUGCCAGUACUGCCCGUAUGCCAAUGGCCGGCAGUACAUGCACACGCUCAAUGUCCACGACGGCGACAAGUGGCGCUGCUUCGGUAUCUUCCUGGCCUACGUCAUCAUUAACUGGUUCCUGGUCUACUUCAUGAUCUACUGUGUGCGCGUGCGCGGAUGGUCCUUUGGCAUGGGCUACAUCUUUGGUGCCGUGGGUGCGGUGCUCGGUGGCAUUAAGAAGCUGUUCUCCAGAGGCUCUAAGGCCCAGAACUGAUUCUGUGGCUACUGUCUCCCACAAGCUCAUCCAUCUAUUACCGAUCUUUGUGCCAUAUACACCUGAUCUCAGCAGAAAAAAGAAAGAAAGAAUAUAAACAGCUUCAAACUCGAGAAAUCCGGCCAACAGGCCCUAAUCUAUGAGAUUAAUACACAAUGAGGAGGGAAUAGAGAAAAGUAAAUCAUUUUGGGUCUUUUUCAUAUCAAUCUCGUUCAGAUAGAGAUGCAUCAGCGUGUGUGUUGGGUUGGUUUUUACCUUUUUAUUUUUUCCCCCUUUUUCUGUUCAACAUCUAUCUAUUUUAGUAUUUCUGGUUUUAGUUCUAUAAUAGAUAAAUAAUGCAUAUUAUC